GUUCGAAAGACGGAAAGAAAGGACGGAAACUGAAAUGUCUCAUUCGGCAAAAUGUGCACCGACCGCCUACGCCAAUGGCUUCCGACCCUCACAUGAUUACCAUACAAAUUCCGUUUCGCUAAAACAACGCUCCAAAUCCGCAAAUCCACCGCAUUUACGUCCAUUUAGUGGGCGUUUGUGUCCCCGUUAUGUGCCGCCCUUUUCCAUACAAUCGCAGCAAAAGAAUACCGUUGUCAUUAACGGACCAAUACACGAAACCUCAACAACGACGGCAAGUGCUCGAGGUCGUCCACCGAAUCCAAAAAGCUUAAAGAAACAACAAAAGUCUAUUUCCACAUUCAAUUUGGGUGCUGGUCUUGAUGGUGGCAUUACACUCGGUGGCAAUGAUUUGGGGCGUGGCACAUUGUUUCGCAUGUAUUUCGAUCGCGGAGACUUACCCAUCAAAAUGGAAUACCUUUGCGGUGGCGAUAAAAUUGGUUGGACUGUUGAUAUAGACAAAUUGGACUAUAGCCUCUAUUUGCCUUUGUUUUUCGAUGGCCUGGCCGAGACAAAGCAUCCCUAUAAAACUUAUGCCCGUCAAGGUGUCACCGAUUUAUUGCUAGCCGGAGGAGAUAAAAUACAUCCAGUAAUACCGCAAUUAAUAUUGCCUCUAAAGAACGCAUUGAGCACGCGAAAUUUGGAGGUAAUGUGUACGACCUUAAAAAUAAUACAACAGUUGGUCACUUCAUCCGAUAUGGUUGGUCCGGCCUUGGUGCCAUUCUAUAGGCAAUUGUUGCCCAUGUUCAAUGCGUUUAAAGUGAAAAACUUGAAUUGUGGCGAUGAUAUUGACUAUGCCCAGAAGAAUAAUCUUAAUCUUGGUGAUCUAAUUGAUGCUACUUUACAAGUUUUGGAACUUCAUGGAGGAGAAGAUGCCUUCAUUAAUAUUAAAUAUAUGGUACCGACAUAUGAAUCGUGCUAUUUAAAUUGAAAUACCGCCAAAAGAAAAUACUAAAUGCUCCUUUCUCCCCUUCUUAUUUUCUUUAUAUGCAAUAUUACAAGUGUUUAUUGAAUUUUACAUAGAUGCGAAUAUAAUAAGCCGAAAUUAAUAUUUGUUAACAGAAAUGAAAAUUUCG